GACAUAAAGGAAGUGACGUAGUGUCCCGGAACACAGCGCUCACAAAAAAAAAAACAGCCUGGGCUCUGUCUUGCUUUGACAUUUCACCACAGCUUUUCGCUAAGGAUCAUUGUAAAGAGAAUGGCCACAGACUGGGUGGGUAGUGUUGUGUCCAUAGACUGUGGAGCAACGUUGGGAGUUUAUCAGGGUGAGGUGUCAUCUGUUGAUCACGUCAGCCAAACCAUCUCCCUGAAACAUCCUUAUCACAAUGGAGUCAAGUGUCCUGUUCCUGAGGUCACAUUCAGUGCUAUGGAUAUCCAGGACCUGAAGUUCCUGGAUAUCCAGCACAAAUUCAACAAGACCAGCGCUGGGAAAGACACUGCAACAGAACCCAGCUCCAUAUCAACAGGACGCCAUGGCCAGACUAACAAAACAAAUCACUCUCAUCCAACAAGCAACAGCUCUCAUUCCAGCUCUGGUCCGAUCAGCAACCCCCGUAGAGGUUCAUCAAACAGCAGAGGGACGACACAGUCCACACCCAGGAGAAGCAAUGUGAGGAAUGGAGGGGCUGGGGGGCAGAGAUCAAAGAAUGAUGAAUGCUUUGGUGAUGGGACUGAUGAGAAUCUGGACACUGACUUUGAUUUUGAGGGAAACCUGGCUCUGUUCGACAAGGCUGCUGUUUUUUCCCAGAUUGAUGGGGCCAGUAGCAACAGCAACAAGUUACAACAUCACAAUACACAGGCUGAGCAGAAGACCCAGUCCUAUCGCCAUGAUGAGAAUAUUCUGGAGGGGAAACCGGUCACAUACAGACAGAUAACUGUGCCCCAGCAUGGGGGCAAGGAAUACUGUACGGACACAGGUCUGGUGGUUCCCACCGUGCCCUAUGAGCUUCAUAAACAACUUCUAGCAGCUGCAGAGCGCUGGGGUCUUUCUCUUGAGCGCAGGCUAGAAGCAGUCGGUGUUUGUUCCAGUCAGAUGGCUCUCACAUUGCUAGGUGGACCGAACAGGCUCACACCAAAAAAUGUCCACCAGAGACCCACCGUGGUCCUUCUGUGUGGUCCCCAUGUUCAGGGAGCCCAAGGCAUCAGUUGUGGUAGGCACUUAGCCAACCAUGAAGUGGAGGUGAUCUUGUUCCUGCCUAAUUUUGUCAAGAUGCAAGAGUCGGUAACCAGUGAGGUCAACCUCUUCAGCAAGACAAGCGGCAAGCAGGUCUCCAGCGUCAAAGACUUGCCCAUGAGCCCAGUCGAUCUUGUCAUCAACUGCUUGGACUGCCAUGAGAAUCCACUGCUGAAAGAGCAGUCCUGGUACCAAUCUGUUGCUGACUGGGCCAACAAGAACCGUGCUCCAGUCCUAAGUAUUGAUCCCCCAGUCAGUGGGCAGCCUCAGAGUGUGGACGCAAAGUGGACCCUCUCUUUAGGACUUCCACUGCCUUUAGCAGACAAAGACAGCAGAGUCUACCUCUGUGAUAUUGGCCUCCCUAAGAUGGUUUACCAAGAAGUUGGAAUCAACUACCACUCACCUUUUGGAUGCAAAUUCGUCAUCCCUCUGCACUCAAUAUAACAGAGUCUAUACUUAUUGGUGCUUGGAGUGAAUGGGUAAUUUGAGUGUGCAGACAAGCAACAACAUGCCCCAAGCAAAACUGUGUUGCAAUAUGUAUGAAACUUAUUGAUACUUUUGGAAGCGUCAUUGGAAAGAAUAAACUGUGUGUUACGUUGUGUGUGACACCUUGUUUUGGAAGGGGAGAGGUUUCCUGUUCUUUGUGCGUUCUGAUAAGGGCUCUGUGGUGAUGUGAAUAUGUUUACAAAAUGCUGACCACUGUGAGUCUAUCUUUGACCUCUGACCUUGUGACCAGUCAAAGUAGCAAAUACACAGUUCCUAUUUCCUUCUUUAAAUUGCAUGUGGAGUCAGGUCCUGACUCCCGGACCUGGAGUGGCGCUCAACCUAAAGCUGACUGCCAGUCAAAACUGCCGUUCAUCUUCCACAGUUUAGGUCUGUGCCCAUUGUAUUUCCAUAUGUUGUAUUGUUUUUUGUUUUUUUACUGAAAAGGGUGCUCUUUGUCAAAUAAAUUGUGUAGCAUGUUCGAUUGAAAAUGUGAUAUUAUACAGAAUCUAUAUUUUUAUUUAUUUUUUUGAACACAUCUCAGGAAUAACUUGUUAAAAAGGUGGAAAAACAGAAGUUUAUAUUUUCAUUGACAUUGUGGUAGCACUCUUUCUACACUAGUUGGUGUCUUUAGUUCGUAGUAGUUUUCUACCACUUUGAUUUUCCAAGUAUUACUGCUAUUUAUUGUGGCGUUGUUGUUAUUACUAUUUGCAUAACAUUUUCCUUUUUGGCACUUGCAGUUAAAUUACCUCUCUAACUGACUUGCCCUUGGUCAUCAUGAAAAUUUUCUGUUAAAGCUAACAUUUCAGCAAAAUGUUAACUGUACCUGAACAAAAAAGUCUAUAUUUUAUUUCCAAAACUGAAGCUGUGCACUUUUGAAAUGGAGCAAUAACAGUUUUUCAAAAGCUCAUAAGUCUGGUUUUAUGAACGUUUUUUUUGCAUCAAACAAAUGUAGUUGAAAUGUAAGGGUAUAAAUAUGAAGGCUUUGCAGUUUUACACUUUAUGUACUCAGUUAACUUGUUACAUUUGUAAAUAACUGUUCCUUGUUUUUUGUACUUCAUCUUAGGUGUCUAUACACAUUUCUUUUUGUGCUUUUGCUGAUUUGUCAUUUUUGUUAGAACAUGGCAAUAGGUAUUUUGCCAAAAACAAUAAGAAGGAAUCAAGGAAUUUGUUUAGAGUGAGUGAAUUGCAUAAAAAUAAAUAUUCACAAUAUCAAAGUUACCACUCAGGAUUACAAAGGUCACAGUGACUACAGCCUCUUGUGUAUUCUCACCGUUCAUUGUUUUCAUUGUAGCAGAGACUAAAAUGUGAUCAUGACUGUCAUCAGUUCACGUUUUAAAAUAUGCCUUGGAUUUUUGAUUGUGGAGAAGUCUUAUUUUGAGAUUCAUUGGUGUAAAGGGGGAAAACGGAGAAGA